AUGCCUUACAAACAACGCAAGAUUUUCAACUUUCAAAGGCUACACCUAGAAGAGCCUGAUAUUCAAAAGUAUACUUUGAUUGAGAUAGAGAAGAUAAUGCACCAGUAUGAGCACUCACUAACUGAGUUCGAAGAUAUGCCACAACUAGAAGUCGACGUUUUAAAGGAUCUAGGUAACAGCUUGUUAAAUGAAGAAUCAAGAUACAAUGUACAAAAGGAGAAAAAAGAUCACAACAAACUUCUAAGCAGUCUAAAUGUUCAGCAAAAGCAGGUUUAUGAUGCAGUUAUGGAGUCAGUUGAAAAUGGUUUGGGAAAAUUAUUCUUCUUAUAUGGUCCUGGUGGAACAGGGAAAACGUACCUUUAUUCAACCAUCAUUUCUGAGUUGAGAUCAGAAAGAAAAAAUUUUCUCCCUGUUGCUUCAUCAGGCAUCGCAGCAUUGCUUCUACCUGCAGGAAGAACGGCACAUUCACGCUUUAAAAUUCCGAUGGAUCUCAAUGAAGAUUCAUUAUGUCAUAUAAAGCCAGGAACGAUAUUAGCAGAACUAAUAGAGAAAACUGAUCUUAUCAUAUGGGAUGAGGCGCCCAUGGCACAUCGGUACGCAUUUGAGGCGGUUGACAGAACAUUACGAGACUUGAUGUCCAUGAAAAAAUCAAAAGCUAAAGACCAACCUUUUGGAGGCAAGACUGUAAUACUAGGUGGGGACUUCAGACAAACACUACCAGUUAUUCCACAAGGUUCUCGAGCUGAUACAGUAUUAGCAUCAAUUAAACAAUCAUACUUGUGGGACUCUUGCAAAGUUUUCUCCCUAAAAAAGAACAUGAGACUUCAAGAAUCACAAGGAAACUUCGCUGCAUGGCUACUAAGUGUUGGAGAUGGAACUGCACCUACAAAUGAGACAAAAGAUGUCAACGAAGAUGAUGGUCAGAUGGUAGUAGUUGAUCCUAAAUUCAUAAUGCAAUCAACUGGAGAUCAUUUACAAGAUAUUUUUAAAGCCACAAAUGCAGAGAACAAGUUAUCAAAAAGCACAUAUGCAAGCGUUACAGAGAGAGCAAUCCUAACUCCACGAAAUGAGACAGUUGAUGAGAUUAAUACAUACAUGUUAGAACAUCUACCAGGAACAUCGAAGGAGUAUCUCAGCUUAGACAGUAUGGGCAAGGGUGACACAGUAAAUACUGCCUAUGAGUCUCUAUAUAUUGUUGAGUAUUUCAACUCACUAGAGUUCCCAGGACUACCAAAACAUCAGUUGGCUUUGAAAGUAGGAGCUCCAAUAAUGCUGAUUCGCAACAUUAACCAAAAAGAAGGUCUAUGCAAUGGCACAAGAUUAAUUGUAACACGUUUGGGAAAAAGACUGAUUGAGGGCGAAAGAGUCACGGGCACACACGCUGGUCAAAAAGUGAUUUUGCCACGGAUAAUCUUAUCGCCACCUGACUCAAAGCAUCCUUUCACACUUCGAAGACGUCAAUUCCCAGUCAGAGUAUGCUAUGCAAUGACAGUUAACAAAACCCAAGGACAAAGCUUAAAAUCAGUUCUUCUCUUUUGCCUCAACCAGUUUUCAGUCAUGGUCAGUUGUAUGUGGCGCUCUCACGUGUAA